AUGGAAAGAUUCACAGCAGUAAUAUUACUCCUUCUGGUUUCAUGUAUCUGCAGGACUUUAGGACAGACAUGUGAAGGAAACUGUGGGGGGAAACUUGACACAUGUUCAUGCCACUCGACUUGCACGUCUCUGGAGAACUGUUGCACGGACUUUAAAGAAUACUGUGUGGAAGUCCGUCCAUAUUCAGGGUCCAUUUUGGGCGGGACAGAUUUCAUUGUCCUUAAUGCGACUUUCAACGAGAGCUCCGAUAUCAUAUGCAGGUUCAACGACAAUAUCGAAACGGUGGGGUAUGUGGACGAGCACAGUAGAGGCCAUUGCAUCUCUCCACUGCUGUACGAAACAGGAUGGGUUCCUUUGCACAUCUCCUCUGAUAAUGGCACUACAUUCAGUAGAGUUGGAGCCUGGCUCUCAGUACAUACUGGCAAGUUAGACGCUCAGUUUAAGGCGACUCUGGUCAACUCAACAAAAUGGCAGUACUACGGUACACCUAAUGUUGGCGGCGCUCUCGAGAUGAUGUGGAACACCUCUUUGGUCAGAGCUGAGAGGGUCAACAUAGAGCUCUGGGGAUACAGGGAGACAGGAGAACCGUAUACGGACAACUGGAAGGGCGAGUGGUUGUAUCUGUACUCACUUGCAAAGGAUCAGACCAACAGUGGUUCCUUUAGCUUUUUGCCCAAACCAGCAGAGAACGGGUUUUCAAGUUGGGAGCUUGGCUCUCUGCGUAUCAGCCCAAGCAUCUACCCUGAUGGCAUGUGGAAUGUACAAUCCGUGUGGACUGAGGAUCAUGCUCUGGCCUGGCAGCUGGAGGAGAAGUUCAGGCAGAACUCAACCAUUUGGGCCCUUGAGAAAUGUUUAGCAUGGGACCAGCUGGAAAACAAGCUGCCCAACUUCCUCAGUGAGAUCACAGACUGCCCCUGCACUCUGGCUCAAGCGAGAGCAGACACGGGGAGGUUUCAUACUGACUAUGGCUGUGACAUAGAGAAGGAGAGCGUGUGCACCUACCACCCUGGGAGUGUUCACUGUGUGAGAGCUAUACAAGCCAGUCCCAAGUAUGCAGCGGGACAACAGUGUUGCUAUGACAGCACCGGUGCUCAGGUGCUGACAUCAGACUCGAUUGGGGGAAGUACUCCAGACCGAGCACACGACUGGGGCUCAUCUCCUUUCAAGAAACCACCUCGAAUUCCUGGAGAGUCCCACUGGGUCUAUGAUGUCCUUAGUUUCUACUACUGCUGCCUGUGGUCUGACAACUGCCACUACUACUUCAAACACCGGCCCUCCAGUGACUGCAGGCGAUACCAGCCACCCAGCUCAGCUCUGGUGUUCGGAGAUCCCCACUUCAUAACAUUUGAUGGUGUCGGCUACUCAUUCAAUGGCAAAGGGGAAUACACUUUGGUGAGAUCGGCAAAGAAAGGGCUGACGAUCCAAGGCAGAACAGAACCUUUGAAUGGAACCCAGAUAAAAGCAACACAGUUGACGUCUGUAGCUCUGCAAGAAACACCCUCUGAUGUUAUUGAGGUGCGGCUGGUCAGAGGUCAUAACGGCCUUGAAGUGCUGCAGAAUCAAAAACCCCUCUCCUUUUCGGAGCAGAGCUGGAUGGACCUGCACGGCGUGUUUGUGUUUUCUCCUACAUCUACAAAUGUGACCGUGAUGUUCAACAGUGGCGCCGGGGUGGAAGUGCGCCUGAGAGAGGGAACAAUGACAACCACCGUGCUCCUGCCAGAGGAGUUCAAAGACGCCACUCUGGGACUGUUGGGGAGGAUGAACGGUGACGCCAAAGACGACCUCACUCUCAGCAACGGAGAACUUGUGCGGAACCUGACGAAUCCAGAGGAGGUGUUCAACUUUGGAGCAAGCUGGGCCAUCUCCAACACGUCUGCCUUGUUCACAUAUGAUUCAGAAUAUCUUUUGGACACAUUUCUUUAUGCUCCCAGACAUGACCAAAACUUUCUCCCAGUGUUUUCGGUCACGGAGAAUGCAGACGAUCCAUUAGCCAACCAGGUGUCUGAGAUAUGCUCUGGAGAGGGCUCUCAGUUCUGUAGGUAUGAUAUCCUGGUAGGUCGUAGUCCAAGCAUGGGAAAAGCUACAAAAAUGUCUUUCCAGAGUCACAUUUCUCUCGUGGAGGAUCUAAAGCCAGUCAUAUCAUGUGGAUGGCUUUCACCACCAAGUAAUGGGACGAAGGACGGGACCACAUACUUACAAGGAUUUAAGGUGCAGCUUUCCUGCGAUGACGGCUACACUCUCAAAGGAUCAGCAGUGCGCGUGUGCCAGGAGAACGGCCAGUGGUCUGGAGAAGACACAAACUGCGUGGUUCCCAGUAAUCUCGCAGGAAUUGUGGUCGGUUCAGUCGUUGGAGCUUUAGCCCUGAUUGUAAUUAUAACAACAAUCGUACUCCGCUCCAGGAAACAGAGAAGAAAAGCUGCACGGUCAGAAGAAGAUGUGACAAUUGAAGCCUUAUAACCACGACUCUUCUACUAAAUGAGUGUAUUCAUAAAUACACGCUUUGUGUUAUGACACACAACACAAAAGUCUUAUUUCAGUUGUAAACCUUGUAAACCACAGCCCAGACUAAAAUAUACCAUAAGGUUGAGCAAAGGUCACUGCACAGUUAAAGAGUAAGUUGCAGUUACUAUGGGUUGAUAUUUGAACCUGCGUUGCACUUUUGACCACACCCACCAUAACCACAAAGCAUUCUGGGCUGUAAAACUACAGCCUUUGGUUGAUUGUAUUGGGAAAACACUUUGUGAAUGAAAUUUGUGGGUUCAUGCUCUUCACAGUCAGUCACUAAGUUGGAUGAUAUAAAAUUGAUAAAACUCUCAUCUUUAAACACUCCAUUAUGUUUAAGACGUGCAGCGUUGACAGUGUUUGGGCAACUGAAGAAAAUCUUUGGUCAGCACUUCAGAUCACAUUUGUAUUUACAGACAAACUCCUCACUGUCCUCUUAUUGUUUGUUUACUUCCAUCUAAUGCUGAUGAAUAUUGUCACACCGUUUAUUUUUAUCA